AUGAUUGGUGAAGAUAAUCGUAUCCGUGCUUAUCCUCAGAUACUGGCAAAAAUAGCUGAUAAAACGGGUAGCCUACCCUACGUGUCACAUGACAUAAUCGCCUCAUUUAACAGCAAGUUUGAUUUUUUCUUGCCCGGAGAUGCUUCGAUAGGUCCGACUCAAGAUGAUCUCGUGGCUACUAUAACGCAUGAAUUCGUUCACGGACUAGGCUUUGCGUCAUUUUGGAGGCCUUGGAUGGCAAAUACGGUAACCCCACUUAUUACACACGCAGAGGACGUAUUCCCAAAAACCGUCACCAUCCGUGAAACAAUCUUCGAUGCCUUUUUUGCCCGAAUGGCGGAUGGUCAACGUUUAAGUAAUUUUACAGAUGCCCUUCAAGUUGCUAUUGAGGGCACCACAUAUAAUUCUCAAGCGGAACUAGAUAAUGCUAUUACAGCGGCUGCUGCCAAUAUUAAGUUGCCCACUACUGUAGAUUUUGUCACGCCAAAGGCAAUUGGAUUUUGGCCAAAAGGGGCACAAGAUGCUAUCUUGAUCGAGACUUCUUUCCCAGAGUUCCGCAAUGGUUCCACUGGAUCGCAUGUAGACAAAGAGACAUACCAAAAUACAGAAAACUGGUUGAUGAUUUUUGAUAAUAUACCAGGGAAGACAUACCAACAAAUUAUUAGUGAUAAUGGGGCUACUGGAAUUGUUGGUUCUGGUAUAAGAGCAAUGCUGGAAUCAAUAGGGCAUGCGACCUCACAAAAUCCGACCCCAUUUAUUCCGACGCCUACAAACGAGCUACCACCGCUUACGGUUACAUCGAGUAGGAAGUCCAAGAGAAGACAGAGAAGACGAUUACAAUAA